AGCUAACGCAAAGAGCUCGUCGCACUUCUAUCGCACAUCCUGUCGUACCAAAGAAUAACAAAAAUAUCAGAGAUAAGGAUAAGUGAGGAAUGCCUUACUGAAGAUAAUUAUGUUAUGUCUUACUGAAGAUAACUGAAUUAUAUGUGUUUCAGUAAUCAAAAGGAAAUCUAUCUUCUGAGACUAAGUGUAAUAAUGAGUGAUUUAGUGUAUUAUAUAUUUUUGAUUCCUGUUACUCUCCCCGUUGUUAUGUUUUUCAUCUUUUUUGCAUGGAUGGGAUUCCAGUUAUUUGUAAACAAUUGAUGUUAAAUGCUUAUAUUGAAUCUUUCAAACUUUCUUGCAAAAUUAAUGCCAUGAACAUGGUACCUUCAGCCUUGUCAAAUAGAAAUGUUAUGCUGUCCUGCGGAUCAUUGCAAAAAAUACUUGAUGGUAUUGAUGUAGAUAGUGCAACUCUACAAAUUCUCGGCUAUAAAAGAGUGCCUGGGGAAGGAAUCGAGCGCUUUCGAUUGCUGGUAAAUGAUGGCAUUUUAUUGUUUUCAUUCGCAGUACUUGCAACUCACCUUAAUAGUUUAAUUAAAGACAGGAAACUUGAGAAAUUUUCUGUCUUCAAACUUAACAAAUAUGCUUGCAAUGAUGUACAACCAAAUAAAAAGAUUAUUCUUUGUCUUGACAUUACACCUCUGAUACCAGGUUGCCAAAUAAAUAGUCAAAUUGAGUACAAUAAAGAUAAAAAUGCAGAAGUAUUUAAUAAUAAUAUUGAAUCUAGUCAUCUUGCACCAAUAAAUCAUAGCAGCAAAUCUAUUGUUGAGACCAGUAAUACUUCCACUUCAGUUACAACCAAAGCUCUAAUGAAUCCAACUUCUUACAAUAAUUCCAAUGAUAACACUCAUCCUGUUACAAAGAAGAAUAUCACUUCAGCUCCUACAUUGUUGACUUCUGCUGCUUCCAAAACACUAGUUGCCCCUUCCAGUAGUAUAUUUUCCAGCUCAACUAAUAAUAGCAAUCAGUUUGUUCUUGAGACCAGUAAUACUACAUCAUCAUCUUCAGUUUUGACCCAGGCUCCAGUUAUUCCUUCAACCAGCCGAUUUUCUAAUUCAAUCAGUAAUAAUUUGGCCAGUAAUAGUAAUUGGGACAAAACUGAAGUCUCAGCUUCAAGAAAUGUCCAGCCAAAGCCAGUUGUGCCUAUUUUUAGUCUAACACCAUAUCAAAAUAAAUGGACUAUUAGAGCUUGUGUUAUUUAUAAGACUCCUGUUUCGUGCUAUAGUAAGGACAAGAAAAGUGGGAAGCUUUUUUCUUUCUUCUUAUUAGAUGAUAGUGGGGAAAUAAAGGCAACUGCCUUUGAUAGACAAGCUGAAGAAUUAUAUCAGUUUCUUCAAAUAAAUAAAUUAUAUUACAUCUCUGGUGCUAAUGUACGGUUAUCGCGAACUGAUUCAUCAAUCCAUGAUUUUGAAUUGACAAUAUCUGAUUACACAAAAAUUGAACUAGUCUCUGAUGAUAAUUUAGAGAUUCCAGAACUAAUAUUUAACUUUAUUGAUAUAAACCAAAUUGUUGAAGCAAAAAAAAGUUUUGUAGAUGUAAUUGGAAUCUGUGUGGCUAUUGAAAAAAGAACUAUAGUUGCUAAAGCAACUAACAAAGAGAUACAAAAACUAGAUGUCCACUUAAUGAGCAUGGAUCAAAGCAAAAUUAUUGUUACCGUUUGGGGUAAUGAAGCCGAAAACUAUCAACUUGAUGAUUAUCCAGUGAUUGCUUUUAAAAGGGCAAAGGUUACAGAGUUUAAUGGUUGUUCUUUAAACAUGGGACCAUCUAGUAUGAUGUUUGUAAACCCCAAUCUAAGGCAAGCACAUGCACUUAAAUCGUGGUUUAAUGAACAUCGUAGCUCUUUACAACUUGACAUACUUGAAAGAAAUCAAAUAUGGAAGACAGUUGCUGAUAUCAAUGAAUUAGAUGUCAGUAAUCUUAAUGUAACUGACUAUAGCACUGUUAAAGCUACAAUAGUUAUGGUUCAAAAAGAUAAUGCAAUGUAUCAAGCCUGUCCUUUGACUGACUGUUUUAAAAAAGUUUCACAGACGGUUAAUGGCCAGUACCACUGCAACAAGUGCAAUAAAGAUUAUGACACUUAUUCUUGGACUCUAUUGUUAAAGAUAAAUAUAGCUGAUUUUUCCUCUGGUAUUUGGGCUGUAGCUUUCAGGGAAACUGCAGAAUUUCUUUUGAAUCUAAAAUCAACUGAUUUAAGUGCACUUAAAGAACAAAGUGAGGAUAAAUAUCAAGAUAUACUUUCUAGCUUGCAUUUUAAAUCGUUUAUAUUUAAACUUCGCUCCAGAGUUGAAGUUUUUAAUGAUACUAAUCAAUUAAAAAUAUCUAUUCUAGAUUCAAAGCCAAUUAAUACCUUAUCUUACACUAAAAAGCUUUUGUUAGAUAUUAAUCGAUUGGAAAAAAUAUUGAGUACUAAUAAAUAGGUUGUAAGAAGUUUCAUGUUAAUAGCAGUAACUAUAUUUACAGUAUUUAAGUUAGUUGGAUGUUCUAUCUUGCAAAAUUGCAAACAACUUACUUAUUGAUAAGAAAAUAAAUCAAGACCUUUAUAUUAUUUAUAUUCUGAAUUUUUCUUUAAUUCAACAAAAGGAAGUUGAAUUUUGAGGCUAUCAGAUAAAAAUCGUCUGUUUUAAAUUCUAAACCAAUUGAAAUCUCUGUGCUUUUAAAUAUUUUUAUUAAAGAUUGUUCAACCGGAAAAGUAUAAGUACAUGGGUAAAUAAACGCACCUAUACUUAUUUCAAUUAUUGCUUUUAUUUAUUCCGUGUUAUAUAUGAUCUGACUUAAUCAUAUUUGCUACAGUACUUAAAUUAUAUUGUCUUCUUUUAAAUUAUUUUUUUUUUAAUCUUAUUACUCUAUUAAUAAAUAUAAGCAGUUGCUUAUUUAAUUUCUUUAUUUACAUUCUAUGAUUUAUUUUUGUAAAUUUAUUCCCUCAAAAUAAAAAUUUAAUUUCAAGAUAAGUUUUCUAGCCUUUUCUCUCUCAAACAUAUAUAUUUAAAUGACUUAGAGUUAGCCCAGUGGUAGUUUCUACAUUUUUCUUUUCUUCUUUUUCUGCAUCAAAUUUGACUUAUAACUCUGUUUGACCAUCUUAACUAAAUUAUACAAUGUCAUUUAAAUUUUUAACAACAUAGUUGACUUAUUGUUUGUAUGACAUUUAACUCUACAUUCAGUUAAUUUUUUUUAACUCUAAUUUGGGCUUGAAGUUUUCAUUUAUGCUAAUAAGUUUAUAAUAAACUUUGUUUCCUAAGCUAGUCAAUAUCAUGGAAAAUCUCUUAUUAUUUAUCAGUUGGUAUUGAAUGUGGCUGAUUAUAACAACCUGUGUUUUUAUAUUGAAUGUUCUGUUUAUGCUUAUUUUAAUACAUAUAUGUAUUUUUCAAAUAUUAAGUUUUUUAUCCUUCUGCAAAGUAAUUUUUUUCUUUAUGUACAUAUUUAAUUACCUCACUUGAAUUUUGCUAUCGAUUACUUUUACUUUAUAUUCAAUAUUUUUAUAUUACUGACAUUUUGUAGCUUUUAUAACAUUUUAAGUAUAGACAGCAUUAGAUUUAUAUUUUUAGAAAUUUUUUAGAGUAUGUUAAAUAUUUUGAACAGAAAAAUUUAAAUUUUAUUUUUAUGUAGCUAUCUUAACAAUGGUCUGUUAAAGUGUUUACCUUCUUUAGAAAAUUGCUGGUGCUACUGCUGAAAUGUGCUAUAGUGAUGAGCCUUUUUCUUUUCAAUUUUAUUUCAUACUAAAUCAAUUUUUAAGGUCGUUUGAUUUUAUUAACUUUGGAACAUAGUAUUUAAAACAGUGUACCCUUUUCAGACUCUUGUGUCAUGAAAACCCAUGUGCACUUCAAGAUUAUUUAUUAUAUUUAUUUUUAAAAAUUAUUUAACUUCCUUAACUAUCGACUUUAAACUGACGUGACUAGCACUUCAGUUCUUUCCUUAAAAGGAAAUCAGUUUCUUUUAUUGUUAUUCAAUAAAGUUUUUAUUCAAUUUCGAUUAAGUAAUUUGACAUUAAAGGAGUUGUUGUUAUUCAAUGAAAUUUUUAUUCAAUUUCGACCAAAUAAUUUGACAUUAAAAGAGUUGUUGUUAUUCAAUGAAAUUUUUAUUCAAUUUCGACCAAGUAAUUCGACAUUAAAAGAGUUGUUGUAAUUUGAAAAUGAAUUGUUUUAAUUGUAAAAUAUGAGAAUUUCUUGACAUUUAUGAAGUUUAAAAAGCUAUAGCAGAUUAUCUGAAAUAAAAAAAUUUGAUUAUUAUAUGUUACUGAUAAUAAUUAAACUAUCAAUUCUGAAUGCAAAGGGUAUCUUCAUAGAAAAUUACUUCUCCAUUUUCGAUGGUGCAGUUACUAUUAGUGUUGUUUUUUUAAAAACAAGGGUUCCUGUUCCUAAACUCUGACAUAUCUUUUUGUCUGGAAGAAUAGUAACAUUUCACAUAAAUGUGAAUAGUCAGCUCCUUUAGAAAAAUUUGAAUAUCUCUUCAUAAACCUCUUUUAGUAAGGUUUAAUGAUGAAAAAUUUUGUAGGAAAUAACUAUUUAAUUUUUAUAUAACAUAAGCUGUGUUUAUUUUAUAAUUCUUACAUUUUGUGAAUUAAAAUAAUAAUAUUGAUAUGGAUAUAAUUGUUAAUCCUAGUGGAAUACCUUUGUCAGCUGUACAAAAAAUGAGCUAUUGUCAUUUUACUGGAAGGGGUUAAUGGCGUUUUAAUGUUUAAGGGGCAGUCAAAUAAAAAAAAAGAAAACAACUACAAAAGAAUCGUGUGGCAGCGAAUUUUGUGUGCUCUAGCACUGUAGGCCACAAAGAUAAGAACCACACAUCUCUGCUCAGCUCCAGAGCAAUUUACUAUUACAACUUUACAGACCUGUGCAUUUUCACAUGCAUUUCUCUUACCUUUAAGAUAACUGUUUUGACAAUUGUGUUCCCACUUAGACAAAGAAUGUAUUUUAUGGCAAAUGUUUGAUUUUCAUUUGACUCGAAGACUAACCCUUAUAUAUUUAGAUGCUUGGUUGUACGUGUAAAAAAAAGAUGCUUAAUGUUACAUGUAAUUAUUUUAUAAGAAUGAUUUAGACUAAAUAAACUAUUUUCAUUAAUAAAUUAAGGGUUAUAAAAUCCUGUUGUGAAUAAAACCGUAAUUUAUGUUAGACAAGUGAGAAGCAUGAUAAAUAUUCGAAUGCAAAUUGCUCAAUAUGCUUUUGAAAAAGAAAACAUGUGUUCAAAAAAAAAUUUUUUUUUUUUUUAAUAGAAAUAUUGAAUGAAGUGCAAUUCUAAAUCAUAAUGCUUGCUUGGCUCAGGGCUAAAAAUUAUUAGUGUAAUCUGAAUUAAAUGUUAAAGUUAAGCUCAUGAAAAUGUUUUUUUUUUAAUGCUACAAAGCAUUCAGUUCUAGGUAAAAAUGUUAAAGGGAUUCCAUACUGUUGGAAAAAAUAUUCACAUCUCACUAACUGCAUCUAUUCGAGGUAAAUAAACUGUGCUGUUAAAAUAGUGAUAUAAGUUAUACAGUAUGUAAUAAUUACGCAAUUAUAAAUAAAAUAUUUCUCAAUUAACAUGAUUUCUAAUUAAACUUAGAAAAAAAAUUUUUUUUGAAAAUUAAUAACUUUUUGAGAAAGUUAGAAAAUGAGUUUAAAAGUUUUCUUACUUGUUAAAUUUAGGUCUGUAUGAUUAGAAAAGUUUUCUUUAAGCUCAGCAGCUAGUUAUAGGCAAUACUAGAAGAAAUUUUUUUCAUUAACUUAAUCUCUUUUCUUUAUUUAUUGUAAACAGAGUUUUCAAGUAUUAUAUGUUUUGGUACAUGUGGUGUGAUAUUAAUUUGAAUCUUAUUCUGUGUCAAUUAAACUGUUAAAAAGUCAUUGAAAGUGCCAUUAAAAUUGCAAAAUCUAUGUUGCUGAAAUAUAUUUUUAUAUGUAAUUAUUUUUUCAAAAAUAUUGUGUGAGGCUGAUCAAAUAAUUAUGUAAGCAAGUACAUAUUGGGAUAUUUGUUAAUCUGCGACUUCCAUUUGUUGCAAUAAUAGGAAGAUUUGCUCGGUAUAAGUCUUUGAUUAUUUAACCUAGAUUUUUCUCUCUAUUCAGCUGGGUUGUUUUCUUGUUUUACAAAUCCAUUUCUACCUCAUAAUUCAAUGAAAAGGAGGAAUAGAGAGCGCUAUGCAGUAUUUAGAUUUUCCUAGACAACAAAGAUUGCUAAAAUAUUUUUCUGAUAAGAUUUCAGAUCUAAUCUGAUAGUCAGAUUUAUUUGAUUUAAAUCCUAUUUUUUAAUUGAAAUUGAAUUUUUUUUAUUUUUACUAGCCAAAUCAUCCGAUAAAGUGUAUUGUCAAUGCUUAAUAUUAUUUAAAAACAAUAAUAUGGCUAAAAUAAUUCAAAAAUUAUUAUUUAGUAAUUACUAACUAAUCACUGAAUAAAUAAAAUCAUGGUUAUUUUUGUUCAAGUCAUCCUAAAAAUAUUUUAUCCAACUUUGAUCGUAAAGCAUAGUAGAUUGUGUAGAUAACUUUGUUUUUUUAAUGAUUUAAAAUUCAUUUGUUUAUUUUUACAGCAUCGAAGCUAGCAAGUUGUAAUGCAUCCUGAUGCAAAAUGAAUACUAUUAAAACAUAGGAACACUUUUUGUUCUCAGAACUUUUUGUAAAUAUUAGUAAAUUAGUUUAUGUUUUAUAAAUAGAUUUUAUCAUCAUCCAGAAAUAAAGAGUGCUGAGAAAAUCUUAACAGUUCUUUUUAAAGUAUAAAUUUAUUAAAAAAAAUUGAAUAUUUUUUUUCGAUAAUUCAUGUGUCAUGUAUGAUUUGAAAGUAACUGAAUCCAGAUCCUUUCUCCUCUCAGCAAAAUUUAACCUCAAAUCAACUCCUGCAUGCUUACAUAAUAUUUGAACAGUUCCUGUAGUAAAAUAUAUUUAUUGACUUAUAUUAUAAUUGCAUAGUUCAAGAUACAUCAAUCCUAGUCUUCCUUUUUUAAUUAAUGGAAUUAUAUAAUGAAAUAUAUUUGCUCAAAUGAAAUGAGACAUUGUAAAAAGCAUAUGUCUAAAGCUAUUUUUCUACCAAACUUUACUUAUAAUGACCAUAUUUCAUGUGAUGUUAAUUUUAAGUCAAUAAACGUUCCAAAUGGCAACAGAAAAAUGAAA